UGCGCUGUGCGGAGUGUCCUGCACCGUGUCAUGGUAUUCGUCCUGUAUGGGCUGUGCGGGGAGCUGCGCUGUGGGAGGGCCGGAGACUGGACGUGCCAAGCAGACGAUGCAUCUGACUGAGCCUCCAGGGGGUGAGCGUCACAUCUUUCAAGAGAAAAGUCUGAGAAAGAAAAGGUUGUGUGCCGCCUGCAGUGAGCCUGUCGUGUCACAGGGCAGCGUCUGUAGAGUAUGCAAGAUUAUAAGUCAUAAAAAAUGUGAAGUAAAGGUUCCUCCAUGUUGCUCCACUCCUCCCCCACCUGACAUGAGGAGAAGAACUGCUCCGGGGCCAAGCAUCCAACACAUGGGGUCCACAAAAUCUAUAAAUGUGAAACAGCGGAGCUCCUUGCCAAGGAGUUUCAGCCUGGAUCACGUCAUGCAGCGCAAUUACGACCUGGAUCUAACAUAUAUAACGGAGCGUAUCAUUAGUGUCUUCUUCCCCACCAACCUGGAGGAACAGCGAUACCAAAGCAACCUGCGAGAAGUGGCUAGCAUGCUAAGAUCCAAACAUGAGGACAAGUAUUUGCUUUUUAACUUAUCACGGAAAAGACAUGAUAUACGCAAGCUCAACCCAAAGGUCCAGGACUUUUUCUGGCCGGAUUGCCAUGCACCUCCGCUGGAUGUCAUCUGUUCCAUCUGUAAAGCAAUAGAGGCCUGGCUGAACUCAGACCCCCAGCAUGUUGUGGUUCUUCACUGCAAGGGAAAUCAGGGGAAGACUGGAGUGGUCAUAGCAUCCUACAUGCACUACAGCAAGGUCUCUGCGAGUGUGGAUCAGGCUCUCGGCACUCUGGCCAUGAGAAAGUUUUGUGAAGAUAAGGUCUCUUCAUCACUUCAUCCAUCCCAGCGCAGAUAUAUCAAUUAUUUUGGUGGUCUGCUGUCUAGCACCAUAAAGAUCAGCAGUGAUAUGUUGUCCCUGCAGUGUGUGUUACUGCCCGUUAUUCCAGCUCUGCAGAUAGAUGGAGGAUUCCGCCUUUUUCUGAAGAUCUACCAGUCCAUGCAGCUGGUCUACACCUCUGGAAUCUACCUUGCAGAUGGUGCAAGUCAAAGACGGCAACUAUGCAUAAGUCUGGAGCCGGCCUUGCUGCUUAAAGGUGAUAUCAUGGUGAAAUGUUAUCACAAGCGCUGCAAUCCUCUUGAGAGAGAAGUGCUCUUCAGACUUCAGUUCCAUACAUGCACCAUUCACAACACCCAUCUGUGCUUCAGUAAGGACCAGCUGGACUGUGCUUGUACAGAUGGAAGAUUCCCUGAAGAUGCAGCUGUUGAGUUGAUCUUUUCCUCUGCCCAGGACAAGGCAAAAGGGCGAGAUGUAGUCCGGAAGGAUCCCAGCAUUUCGGUGGACUAUGACAUCACUGAUCCAUUAGUACGUUAUGACUCCUAUGAGAACCUCAACGUUAACCAUGAGGACUGCCCGGAGGAUUUUAGCCAUACUCGUGGCCCAUUGGAUGGAAGUCUGUAUGCCCAAGUGAAGAAGAAAUCAACACCAUUGGCAUCUACUAAUGGAAGUCCUGAGCAACAUGGACGUCUUUUGUCUGUCAGCAGUGACUCUGGCCAUUCUUCAGCUCCUACAGAAAGGUUAGAGGAGACUCCACAGAAGAUAUUACCAACAGCUGCUGAGAGAGAAGACUUGGAGAAACUUCUGGGUGGUUUUGGAGUCGGUGUAAAACAAGAGGCUGAGCCCCAGUACUCUCAGGUUCGCAGACAUGAGGAGGUGGUGCCUACAAAUGUACACCUGAAGCAGAAUUUAGGGGCAAGACUUCAAGAUGUGCAAUACCAGGUUAAGCAGGAAGUGCCAAGCCAAAACAUUCAGCCAAAAAUUAAUGGAGAAUCAAGACUUCAGUAUUACCCUCCAUGGUCUGCAGUGUCUGAUAAAGGAGCAUCUCAAAUUGUGCCUCCAACCUCCCCAUCCUGGGAAGAGCAGAGAGAGUCACCUUGUGAAACUUCAUGGGAGGGCCAGGGAGAUCGUGAGACAGCCAUUCUGGAAGGAGAGAUUGGACAGAUUGGUGGCCUAGCUGUGUACCCAGGAAGAAGGACUUUAUUAUCUAGACACUGCUCCUGUAGAUCAGGGUAUGCAGGUCCCUGUAUUGAGGGGCCUCCUAACCGAUCCUACUUCAGACCAGAAGUUAUCUUUGAUUCCCAUGGUCCACCAGGAGCUAGUGCCGUAUUGCCAGGUGUUCACUAUCCAGGCUUAUAUGGUGAACAAGAGAGAAGAAGGCUGUAUCGCUCCUUAUCUGAAGGACCUCAACAUUAUCCAAAUCAAACACAAAGUCCACCAAAAAGAGGUAGUCUCAGAGAAAAUCGUCAGUAUAUGUGCCAGCAUCCUAGUCAUGAACCUGUUCUGCCACCCAUGUGCCCCUGCUCUCACUGCCAGAGUUCACCUUGCUACCCUGUGCCAAACUUGUGGCCCUUGGAUGGAGGGAAGAUGCCACCAGUUCAGCAUUUUCAUCGAGAACAACUUCCAUUACACUUACCACAGCCUUAUGGACAGCCCAACCAUGAUAUUCCACCUCCCUUCCAGGUUCCCCCAUCUAAGAUGCACUAUGGGUUCCCCAUCCCUCAUAAUGAAGACUCUUUGCAUUAUAACCAUUACGCAGAUGCUGGAUAUGGCCAUGCUUACCCACAUUUCUUGCACCCUUCUUAUCUUCCUACACACUGUCAGCCUAAUGGUUAUAGUGCCCAUUCCUUUCCCACAUGUAUAUCUUCCUACAACCAACCUGGCAGUCCAUCUCCUCCAGGCUCUGUGUCUCCCAUUGUCCCUUCCUGCGGUGGUCCGCGAAGAAUGAGUGCUGACACCAUGUCAGCAGGCAGUACUGGGGAAUUAACACCACCACAACAACAGAAAGAUGUCACUGAUCAUGGGGCGCAAAGAGAUGCUAGCGUAUUCCAGACACAGAUAUCUACCGGAGCAGCACCUACAGUCAGCUCUUCCCCCACAACACCCGUACAGAGUCCUCUGCAUCCCAGCACUUCAUCAUAUGCUCAGAGCCCAGUACACCCCACCGCCAAUCCACAGACACACAGUCCAGUGAACGGGCACAAUGAGGAAGCCUUUAUGUACCCUCAAAACCCAAUGCAUGCAAGUACCCCUAUAAACACAUACUGCCAACCAGUGCAAAAACUACAUAACCAUGUCCACACACAAAGUACAGCUGUGCAAACCCAAACCAGCAUUCUGGUGCGCACUGGCUCCACGUCUUCAGCCACACAGAGGGCACAACUACAAGCAGACCAUUCAACACAGCCACAGAGUCAGUUACUGCAGCAUAAUGCAUUAGCAAAACACAACUCUUCGCAAGCACAUAGCCCUCCACAUGCACAUGUGCAUUUCCACAGUCAAGUGGUCACACAGAGCCCUGUUAUACCAGGUAAUGGCUAUGUUCAGCAUAAAAGUCCUCCUGUUCAGUGUCAGAGCCCUGACAAGAUGCAUAGCUCACAUAUCCAGGUGUAUAAUGGCGCGAUGUCCCAGGAACAGAGGAUACAGGCACACACUGUUAUGCACACACAGAGUGUGAAUUCUCAUCCUCAGCCUCCUGUACAGUCACAGAGUGAAGGAAAAGCCCCUGCCACUGUGCAGGUACAGGCUGUAAGUUCACACUCCUCUUCACAGAGUACUACAGUCCAAACUACACAGUGCCAGAAUACACAAUCCCCUUCACUUGUGAAUUCGCAUAACUAUGCAGCUCAGACGGCCACUGUUGUACGUACACCGACAAGUAGCCCCAAACAGAAUUUAGUCCAUCUGCACAUUCCUGUCAGCACAGAAGCUCUGAGUAUGCAAAGCAACAGUGCCAUUCAGGCACAGCAUCAGACCGGGAACACAGAGAGCAGUGCACAGACACACAGCACAGUGCACACACAGAUAUCUUCUAUAACCCUACACAGUCCAGUACACAAACAGACCCCCCAAGUACACAGUACUGUGCGUAUUCAAAGUCCUUCUUUUCAGACAUUUAAAAACCCCUGCAGCCAGGGACCACCUGUACCAAAUAACAGACCGGUGCUCUCACACAGUCCCUCUUCGCAGCCUUCCAGCCCUGGCACUACAGACAGGCCUGAAGCCCCACAUUCUGAUCUUUUGCCCUCAACAUCAAAUGGACAUUCAGCCUUUCCACAGUCCCCAUCACAUAUAACAAAGUCCGCCCCUCUGAUGGCUGUACCACCGACCACAGUGACCAUGGAAAGCAACCAAGGACAGGUGUCAGUAAAUCCUGUUUGCGUCUCUACAGAAACAUCUACUUCUCCUUACAUUCACUACAGUCUACCCACUGGAACCAGUUGCCCUGCCCAUCCCCCUACUGUGCCAAAUAACCCUGUUGUACCCCAGAAGAGAAGUAUUACAAUAUCCCUUCCUGAUACCUCACCCACCAUCUCCCAUGGAGGAAGGGAGGUACCUAGCAGCCCACCACUUUCUCCCAUGGGAAGCCAGAUAGAACUCCUGUCUCCAUCACCAACUCCAUCCUUCCCUAUCAGCACCGCUUAUUAUUCUGGAAGCCCCUGUCCUCCAAAUGGCCAGCCACCGGUAUUGCCAGAAAAGUGCCAUAUUCCAGCUUCAGGGGACAAAUCCGGGACUCUUGGAAGACCAAGACAGCUUCAAGAAGACAAGUCACCCACAACUAAAGAUGUACAGCAGGAGGUUCCACUGGCUGCAAACUUUGUGCAGGAUUCCUCUAGAUUUUGGUAUAAGCCAAAUAUAUCCAGGGAGCAAGCCAUUGCACUUUUAAGAGGUGCAGAGCCGGGGUCCUUCCUGAUUCGGGAUAGUAACUCUUUCCGUGGGGCGUAUGGUUUGGCCCUGAAGGUGUCCAGCCCUCCUCCCAAUGUGCCCACACAGCCAUGUAAAGAUCCAUUGGAACAGCUGGUUCGUCACUUUCUUAUUGAGACAGGACCUAAAGGAGUGAAAAUCAAAGGCUCCCCCAUUGAACCCCAUUUUGGGAGCCUGUCGGCCCUGGUAUCACAACACUCAAUCACACCUCUGUCCCUGCCCUGCAGACUGCGCAUUCCUGACAAAGAUCUGAUUGAACAGACUUCCGAUGUCGUAGUUCCCACUAACAUGAGCACGGCGGCUGACUUACUGCGACAAGGAGCCGCUUGCAGCGUCCUGUAUCUUGGCUCUGUGGAUACUGAGUCUUUGACAGGUCCCCAGGCCAUUUCUAAGGCCUCCACUGCCAUCUUGACACCACCAAGGUCUAGUGCAACGACUGUCCACUUCAAGGUGUCUGACCAGGGUAUCACGCUGACAGACAGCCAGCGCAAGCUCUUCUUCAGACGUCAUUAUCCAGUAUCCAGUGUAACAUAUUGUAGUGCAGAUCCGCAGGAUCGCAGGUGGACCAAUCCAGACAGAACGACUUCCAAGGUGUUUGGCUUUGUGGCUCGGAAAGCGGGUACCGCUGCUGAGAACGUCUGCCACCUCUUUGCGGAACUGGACCCAGAACAGCCAGCAUCAGCUAUUGUGAACUUUAUCACCAAAGUCAUGCUGGGCACACAGAAGAGAUAGAAGCAGGGACGUGGCCUCAGAUGACUGACCGGUGACAUCGCAAUGUGCCGUACUCCAGUGGCUGGAAUGUUAUUGACAAUCAAGUGGUGAUGAUUCCCCUCUACUCCACAAAGGACAGACGAUGGGUGUCACUGCAUUUAU